AUAGUCACUAAUUGAUAAGUUCAAUGUUUGGCGUUUGAAAAUUUUGACAAAUGUUCAGUUGUUUCAGUUCCAAGGCAAUAGAAGUUACAGAUUCACUAUCAAGUCGUGUAACAUUAGGGAACAAUCCUAUCUACAUAGAAAGUGUAACAGAUGAAAGUGUAGAUGAUGUAACAUCACUGUUGUCCGAAUGUCUGCUCAAGAGGAAAUAUAAAAGAACGUCUACAAUGUCAUCUCAGAGAUCGUCAGUGCGUCCCCCAAAGUCUAAAAUGCCAUGGGGAACAAUUCUCAAGCCAGAAUUUGGAAUGGGACACCAGAAAAUGACAGAUUAUGAAAUAGAACAAACUGUUGAUAGACUAUAUAAAAUAAAAGAAUACAAGGAAAGAUACUAUGAACGAACAGGAAAAAAGAUGUCCGAUGAUGAAAUAUCAGAAAUGCUAGGAAGAAUGACGAAAGUAAAUAAAGAGAAAAUAGUUGACAGUGACCGACGUGUUCAUUCAUCAAUAUAUAAAGAUAUGGGAAUUGUUUCCUCAUAUGCGUGGAAAGGAUAUAAUUGAUAACAGAAAGAUUUAGAAUUCAACGAUCAUGUUCUUCCCAUAUAAUUAUCUAAAAAUGAUUGAAACUCAUCAACUGAAAGGACAGAAAAAAGAUUCAAUGCAAAUGACAUUAUAUAAGUGGAACAUUUUUAUUUGUUUUGAUCAAUAUAUGAUUGAUUAAAUAAAUACUUCAAAAUGUACACAUUAAAAUUAAAAGUAAUCAAAGAAUCUAAUAAAAAUGUUACAUCA